AAUACCAUUGGUAUGUUGUCGUUAUACUUUCAGUUAAUGAUAAGAUGUUUUCGUCGUGGAAGUGAAGUAAUCUCUAAUUUACAAUGCUGGAGGAGUUAAUCGCUUUUAUUUUAUCUGUUUUGUCGCUUUUCACCGAAACGGCGCGUGUGUCUUUUCUGGAGGAAAAUAAUUCCGAACACACAUGUGUUGAAGUGAGAGAUAUUGGGAUUGAUGUGCAGAGCGAGUGGUAUAUCAACAAAGAAUACGAAGAGGAUGAUUUGAAUGACAACAAAGAUCAAAGUCCGCAAACAAAAUGGUUUUCUCACUCUCAACAAUCGAGAUCCUUUUCCAAUUCCAUGUGUAAAAGUUUUUGGGCAACUUCAAGUUUGACUUUAGCCACCAUUUUUCCAACUCUUGUUGUCACAGUAUUUCUCUACGUGAGCGUAAAUAUCUUUAACAGUUGUCUGGAAUGGCAGAAUCACAACAACAACACAUUACCGUUAUCUGUGAAACGUGCUCACGUUUUUGGUAGUUGCUUUGAAACUUCAUUAUUAUAUUUAUGGUUUCCAUUUACAAUGAUGAUAUUAUUUGGAUGGAGAGAGUUCAAAGCAAAGUUUUUGUCAACGGUUUAUGUUGGUGUCAUAUUCGGAGAGUUGGCCGUCAUGUAUCACUUGAUUUCAUUUCAGUUCAAUGUUUACGAUGCACAUAGCUAUUACAGAGUACCACCAAGUAUUUUAUUCUGUGUCUCGUUGCUAUGUUCAAGCUUCCUAAUCCUUGAUAACAUUCGUUCUGGUGAACAAGAGGUGGCCUAUUCCAAUUGCCAUAUAAUUACUAUCGUUCUAUUUGAGUUUGUCGUCUCCGCCAUUUCUUGCUAUGUCAUCCGAUUCACGGUUAUUCCCGCUUUCAUUGGCGUUCAAGAAGGAAUCCUCAAAUUUUUUCUUGCUGCAACGUCUCCGGUGAUUGGGCUUGUUCUCAACGUAAUUUGUAAGUAUUUUGCACAAAGAAAAAGUUCCGAUAUUAUUGACCCUAGUCGCUCUUUUAUCCUUGUAUACAUUAUCCGAGGUGGUGCUAUAUUCCUAUACAGAACAUUGCAGGCAAACUUUAAAAGCAUUUGGCUUUUUAUUGGCCUGUCGUUGUUUUCAGCAGUUUUAAACUUUGUAAAAAAGGCAACCCAACAAAUUCGCUUCAAUAUAUGGAAACGAAUAAUUGCAACAUUGAAUAAUAUGCACUGUUUUCAUAGACUGCGUGUUUUACCAUGGAACACUGCUCAUGCAAGGCGGUUGAGAGCUGACUUAGAUAUACAAGAUAUUAUAUUUGAAUACAGCACACUAGUUUUUAGUCAAGCCUACUUCAUUUUUUACCUUCAAAGUUUUGAAAUUUCCAUGGAACCUCUGCUGCUAGAAUUCCUGAAAAGGGUCGCAAUUAGCUUUGGAAUCGACUUCAUCUUCAACUGUCUCUCAAAUCAAGUGCAAAUGUAUUGCUAUAAUGUUCCUAUAAGUUGCGUUUGGAGAAAAUACUGGAAAAGACAUUUGCUCGCUAAUGUAAUGGUCGGGUUAAUGGUAAUCGCUUAUUUUAGUGCAGACUUGAUCACUGUUUUUCGAACCCAUUUUAAAACAUCUGGAGACAGUUCGAUCAAGUACGUUCUCAGAAAUUGUUCUUUGUUUUAAGACUGGAUAAGAGAAAAAUUUUUUUAAAUUGCCUAAUUCUGUUAAUAAACAUGUCUCCAAUUUAGGUAUUUUUAUUCAAAGCAAUACGGAUAUGAUCAAUGCCGUCUCAAAGUCGACGGGGGGGGGGAGUUCUAGCACCACAAAAAUGUGUCUUUGAAAUUGAGUCAUCUUUUACUUUUAUUUUGUAUUCCUUCAUUUAUAGUGUCCUACUCAAAAAUUUUUCAAGUUUAAGCUUGUGCUCCUACCUCUCCCCCCUUUCCCUUCAUGCAGGAAAGUCCUGGUGAUGUCA